AUGCCCCCUGCGAUCGAGCUGGGCGCGGCGAUGUUCGGCGGGGGCGAGCUUACCCCCUGGGCUGGCGCGGUCAUUGCGCCCGAGCGGGCCGCCGCAGAAUCCGCCGACAGCGCCGGCUCGCAGGCGAAGCAGGCGAAGGGCAACGGCAAAGGAGAGCAAUCACUUCUGCGCAAGGUGGCGGCGCUUUCAAUGGCUACCGCUCGCGAGCAGGCUGUGCUCUCGUCCGUCGUGCUGUCGACCUUCCUGGUGCCGAGCGAAUCGUACUUGGCCAAGAACGGCCUGGCGGCCAACAAGAUCUACUCGGACACGGUCAAGAAGAUUCACGAUCGCAAGGGGGCGGGCGAGGAAGUCGAUCUCGACAGCCCAGGGCCUCCGCUUAUCGCGGUGUUCUUCCUCUCGGCGCGCGCCAUGAUGACGCAGGGAUCGGAUCAGAAGUAUCUCAAGGACCAGACGCCGCAAUGCAUGGCCUCGUUGGUCAGGCAGUUCGCAGCGCGGGCCCCGCGCGGCCCUGGCAGCAAGCGGACGCAGGGCAAAGUCAUGCUGACGCUGGCGCUGGGCCCCAACCCCGAGGCGCAGGCGGUGAACGCGAUGAUGGACUUGGCGCUCGCGGCGUGCAAGGCCGUACAGAUGGCCCUAAAGGGUCGAGAGAGCUCGGACGGAAGCUGCGCCAGCGGCUGCAGCAGCGCCGCCAGCAGCGCAACUGGCGGCAACGACUCGGGCACCGCCUCCUGGCGUUUCAGUCGCAGCGGCGGCUGCUCCGGCGCGCGGCGGGGCUGCCAGAGCACCGCGGCGGACCUCCGUGGGGUCCUGCUGAGAGCAGGCUGGGCCUGCUCGGUCGAGCAGCUCGGGGACGGCACGCACUUGCGCGCGGCAGGGCCCGGGCCGGGCAAGCGCCUGAGCGCGGGCCGGAACACGAGCGCCCCGCCCAUUGGCGGCGCGCUUGCUGCCCCGCCAGAGCUCCGCGGCUGCGACUCGCGGUGCUCCACCGCGGCCACGAGCACCCCGCGCGGGUGCGUGGCGUCGCUCGGCGAGCAGAGGCAGAGGAGCGGCUUCGACGUGGGCUCGCAGGGCGCCGCUCGCCCCUUGCGGGCCGGGGCCCGCGCGUCCUGCGAGGCCGAGCCGGACAGGGCGCACCUCAAGCGCUACAUGGUGCGCUCCAGCCAGGGCGGAGCCUCGCAGAUCGAGGGCCGAGAGGUCUCCCCCGCGGUCGACGACGCCGGCUCCGGCGCCGAGGAGUCGGUGGCCCUGCUGCGGGAGCAUGUCAACCACGACCUCGCGGCCGUCGGGAGGUAUGCCGAGCUGGUCAUGAGGGAUGGCGUCGCGCCGUUCCCUGGCUGCAUGCUGGGCACGUCGCCACAGCACUUCGGGAGCCAGACUGGCGCACACGACACCUCGCAGCAGAAGUCUCCGUGCACACCUAAGCCUUUGCCGAGCGACACUAAUGGACCUUCGAGCGCGCCGCCUCGGGUGCGCCCGCCGCGGCUUGCGAGCAGCAGCAGCCCCGCGGCGCUCGCCGCGGGCGUGGCCGCGGCGCCGCCCUCCGCGGAUGCGCGCCGCACCGUCGGCGCUGCGCCCGUGGCCGCGGCGGGCGGCGCUCGGGAGGCGCAGCGGCCGCCCGGCGGCGAGGCGGCAGGUGAAAGCAGCGCUGUGAAUCCGGAGCUGCAGACCACGCUGGCACGCCGGACGCGUGCCUGCAGCGGCGGGCGCAGCUUCUCCGUGUGGUCCUUCCGGCGGGGAGGCGCCGCGGCGGCCCAGAAGCGGUACGAAGUGCCGUGA